UUCAUUCGGGAGAUGGUAGCUGCGGGUGAGGUGAUUUUGCAGUGGUGCCCUACCAACCGUCAGGCUGCUGAUAUUCUUACCAAGUCUCUUCCAUUUGAGCGCCAUGGUGUGUGCAUGACCUUGCUCGGGAUGCAGCCCCAUGAUGACAGGGUUCCCGCAGCAGAUGCCGGCGUCUUGGUGCUCCUCUCCUUGGCGGACUCCAUGCUCUGGGUGGCCCCAACCCAUGAGCAAGGGGGAGUGGUGUGAAGUCUUUUGCCCUAUGGUGUUGAGCCACACCCAGCACGAGCAAGGGGGAGUGAUAAAUGUGUAGUAUUCUGUGGUGUAGUUUGCUCUAGCUGGUUGUGGGCUAUUGGGUUUUGGGCAAAAGGACUUGGGUUGGUUGGCAAGGUUUGAACUCGUUACCUUUCCAACCCAUACAA